ACCAUUUUUUCCUCCCACCAGCCACCUUCCCCCUUUCUUCUCUCUUCCUCUCUUAGAAGCCAUGGCUGCCACCGCUGCGAACAAUAACAACCACCGCAACACCCUUUUACUUUUCUCUCCCUUCUCUCUAAGCCAUAACUGCCGCCGCCAUCACCGGCGAAAUCCCUCUCCGUCGCCUCCUCUUCUAUUCCCUUCCCCCUUAUCACCUUGACCGACCAUUAUCGGCAAAACCACAGCGAAAGCAACCCUCCGCCGCCUCCUCUGUUCUCCUUCUAGCCGCCGUCCCUCGCAUGCAACAUCACCGGUCCCUACCGGUAACCUACCACGUUAAACCAGCCAGCGAGCCACACCAACAAAAUGCCAGCAGCACCACCAGCCGGUGAAGCAGCCGUCAACAACAGCCGCCGCCUCUCCCUGAACCAGCGUCGGCGACACCUUUUCCCCCCUCCUCCAGCGGCGACUCCACCAAGAACCGUCGCCAUAAAAGGCCCAUCCAUUGCUAGUCGCCACCCGCCACCUCACUUGUCAUCGGUGAAUCACGGCAGAUUCGUGACGAAUCCGUCCCAGGUACUUUGGUCGAGUUGUGCUAGAAUGUUGCCGCCUUCAGAGAUAUCUUGCCUUAAUUUACUUUUUAUUUCUCUUUUAUUACGAUUCAAAUCUGUACUAAUGUGUUGUAUAAACAUCUGUGUAAUAAUAAAUUAUGGGGACUGUUUGGGAGCAGGGUUUUAUGUGCUUUACGUACCAUGUGAAUCACUUAGGCAAACCAAUUUAGGAUUCGUUACUUGACUUAUUUGUCAUUUAGGCAAAUCUAAUUUAGGAUUUAUUUUAAUUACUUAGAAAUCAUGUUUUAGGAGUUUAAUUAAUGUUUGAAUAUGAUCAUUUAAUUUACAACAUGUUUAUUUACUUUUGGCAUGUUUAA